AUGCACGUCCCAGCCCAGCAGCAGCUCAAGGCGUACGCAGCUGCAAUGGACAAGACGCUCAAGGCGUUCGACAACUGCAAGGAGUGGGCAGACCUCAUCUGGUUCCUGGGCAAAGUGCACAAGCUGCUGCAAUCCUUCCCGAGCCAUCGCGCAGUCCCAUUCAAGACCAUCUUUGCCAAACGAUUGGCGCAAUGUCUCAACCCAGCGCUGCCGUCCGGUGUGCAUGCGAAGGCCAUUGAAGUGUAUGAUCUGGCAUUCUUUAAUAUGGGCCCGAUCGUCUUGGCGCGAGACCUCGUUCUGUACUCGGCAGGCUUGUUUCCGCUGCUGGCGCUGGCUGCGAGUCCCGUCAAGCCGCUCUUGCUGCAGCUCUACGAAAAGCAUCUCAACUCUGGCAAUCAUGGAUCGGCUCGCAACCGCCUUGCAGCCGCACACACUACACAGCGCCGUGUGGCACUCAAUCGUGACAUCACCGGCACACCGUGUUCACGCCAUCACUUACUUACUUUCAACGUUAACGCAACGCGACAUGUCGGACUCGCUGAUUCGGUCUGACCCCGCGUUAAUUAUCGGGGCUGUGCGCUCCGCCUUAUCUGACACCAAUGUGCUCGUUCAGCGUGGCACGUUGGACUUGCUGACCGCAACGCUAUCAUUGUACGCGAUGGCACCAUCAUCGCCUUCGUCUGGGAACGGCCCCGAUGACCGCGCUCCUGUACCGCUUUUGCAAGACACACACUGCAUCGAGCUCUUGAGAGCCGCUUUGCUAGUUGUGCUGCGCCGCGACGCUUCGCUCAACCGCCGCCUGGUGGCUUGGAUUCUUGACAAUCGAAACGAUGCCCCUGCAACGGGCAGCGCCAGCACCACCCCGUUGCCGACACCCCCAAUCAGCAUCAGCGCAUCCGCUCUCGACAGCUCGCUCGGCCAAGACCCGAAACAAUUGCUCGAAUUACCCGCUCCCUCGUCCGACGAAGGGCGCGGCUUCCAGGGACGCGGCCAAAGGCUACUCACCAGUGCGAUCGCAUCGCUCUUUCAGCAGGACUACGACGAUGCACGAACUGCGACUCAGCCCUAUCGAGUUGUGAUGGUAUUGCUUGACCACCCGCAAAUCUUUGGCAGCGUGAUGGAUGCUGUGCUGCCCGUCAUCCUCCAGUCCCUGUUCACCCAGUGCCGUGCCCGGCCAGAUCAAGCAGACACGCUGAUCAAAACGGCCAACCUGCUGUUUUCGAACUUGACGGUGGGCGCGGUCUGGCGGUGCUGUGGCACACUCGUCAACUCGCUCUGCAACAGCGACUCGUCCAAUGUCUCGCAGCUCCAGCUUGCAGCCGACCCGAGCCGCAGCAGCCAGCUCACUCCGUCCGCUUCGCAGUCAGUGUCUGGAGC